AGGGGGAUUUUCCGCCAUCACCGGGACUACAAGCCCCAGCAUGCUUUGGGUAACCCGGGGCGGUAAUGGCGGCGGCAGCGCCUGCGCAUUGCGGUCUCCGUGCGGACCGCGCAGAGUGAAUAAUAAAGCUCUCCUCCUCGGUGGUAGCGGGCGGCGGAGGAGGGAGCGGAGGGCAGGAGCAUGUCGAAGGGCCCGGUAGGGACCGGGCCUCCUGCGACCGGGCCGGUGGCGCCCGCCAGCGCUCUCCAAGCGCAGCCCGAGAAGCCGCAGCACUACACAUACCUGAAGGAAUUCCGCACAGAGCAGUGUCCCCUGUUUGUGCAGCAUAAAUGUACUCAGCACAGGCCCUACACAUGCUUCCACUGGCACUUUGUUAACCAGCGUCGUCGCCGAUCUAUCCGUCGUCGGGAUGGCACCUUUAACUAUAGCCCUGACAUUUACUGCACCAAAUAUGAUGAGACCACAGGGAUCUGCCCUGAAGGAGAUGAGUGUCCAUUCCUGCAUAGAACUACCGGUGAUACAGAACGGAGAUACCAUUUGCGAUACUACAAAACUGGAAUCUGCAUCCAUGAGACUGAUUCAAAAGGAAAUUGCACCAAGAAUGGCCUUCAUUGUGCUUUUGCUCAUGGACCACAUGACCUACGUUCUCCAGUUUAUGAUAUCAGGGAGCUUCAGGCCAUGGAAGCUUUGCAGAAUGGUCAGACCACAUCAGAAAGUGGCAUAGAAGGUCAGUCUGCAGUUGCUGCUAGCCAUGCUAUGAUAGAGAAAAUACUCAGUGAAGAGCCAAGGUGGCAAGACACAACUUACGUUUUAGGAAACUACAAAACAGAACAGUGUAAGAAGCCCCCACGCCUCUGUCGCCAAGGUUAUGCUUGCCCUUAUUAUCAUAAUAGCAAAGAUAGAAGAAGGAGUCCUAGAAAACACAAAUACAGAUCCUCCCCAUGUCCUAGCGUGAAACAUGGAGAUGAAUGGGGAGAUCCUAGUAAGUGUGACAAUGGAGAUGCAUGCCAGUACUGUCACACCCGUACAGAGCAACAGUUUCACCCAGAGAUCUACAAAUCAACAAAAUGUAAUGAUAUGCAGCAGUCUGGCAGCUGUCCCAGGGGACCCUUCUGUGCCUUCGCACAUGUAGAACAACCUCCACUUAGUGAAGAUUUACAGCCAACGUCAGCUGUCUCUAGCCCAACGCAAGCUGGCCCUGUAAUGUACAUGCCCUCAGCAGCAGGCGAUUCUGUUCCUGUCAGCCCUUCUAGUCCACAAGCCCCAGACCUUAGCAAUGUAUGGAAUAAACCAGGAACUCUACCAACUAGCCCUACUUCUGCUACAAUCCUCUGUAGAAAUAGCAGUCUUGGAAGCCCAUCUAAUUUAUGUGGAUCCCCUCCUGGUGCAAUUGGAAAACCCCAUAGUUUGGAAAGCAUUGGUUUCCCCACAGAUUCAGUAACUACUGGAAGUAGCUAUAAGAAGGCACCUGGAUUUGAACGGGAAGACCUGGUUGGAGCAGAGUAUCUAAAGAAUUUCAAAUGCCAGCAGGCAAAAAUCAAAUCCCAUUCCAUGGAACAUAGAACCCAAGAACAACCUCUGUUACAACCCAAGCAGGAUAUAUUAGGGAUUCUUCCAGUUGGCAGCCCACUGACAUCUAGCAUCUCCUCUAGCAUUACUUCUAGUUUGGCAGCAACACCACCAAGCCCAGCAGGCACCAGCAGUGUACCAGGCAUGAAUGCCAAUGCCCUUCCUUUCUACCCAACUAGUGACACUGUGGAGUCCGUGAUAGAGUCUGCCUUGGAUGACCUGGACCUGAACGAAUUCGGAGUGGCUGCCCUGGAGAAGACAUUUGACAGCAGCUCGGUGCCCCACACGAGUGGCAUCAUGAUAGGUGGGAGUUUGCUGCAAAGUUCUGCUCCUGUAAAUAUCCCUGGGUCCCUUGGAAGUUCUGCCUCCUUUCACUCUGCUUCUCCUUCUCCACCGGUCAGCUUAUCAUCGCAUUUCCUCCAUCAGUCCCAGGGACACUUAAGCCAAUCAGAAAAUACUUUCCUGGGGACAUCAGCUUCUCAUGGAUCAUUAGGUUUAAAUGGAAUGAACAGCAGCAUAUGGGAGCAUUUUGCUUCAGGAAGUUUUUCACCCAGUACUUCACCUGCAUUUCUGUCAGGUCCAGGUGCUGCUGAACUGGCCAGGUUGCGGCAAGAAUUAGACGAAGCUAACAGCACGAUAAAACAGUGGGAAGAUUCUUGGAAACAAGCCAAACAGGCCUGUGAUGCAUGGAAAAAAGAAGCAGAGGAAGCUAAUGAUCGUGCAAGUACAGCAACCCUAGAAUGUGAGUUAGCCCGGGAGCAGAGAGAGACCUUGGAACUGCAAGUCAAGAAACUCCAGGAAGAAAUCGAGCGGAUCCAUACUGGCCAGGACCCCCAGUUCCUGCGCUCAUUCUCUGAUUUAGAGAAUCUCUCCUUGUCCACACUCUAUAAUCUCCAAAAACAGUUGCGUGCCAAUUUAGAAAGAGUUGAUAAGGCAGUGUUUCAGAUGCAGUCGGUGAAAUGCCUCAAGUGCCAGGAAGAGAACCGGGUGGUACUACCGUGCCAACACACUGUGCUGUGUGAAACAUGUGCCGAGGAGGGUGAAUGUCCCAUCUGCCAUCCCAACAGGCCACAUGCUCUCCAGUCGUGACUGUACUAGGACAUUUGUUUAGCAUAUCACAUAGAAUUUUUAAACUUUUUCAGAUAUAUAUAUAUGUCUAUAUAUAUCUGUGUGUGAAUGUGUGUGUAUAUAUGUACGUAUGCACACACACACACACACAUAAAAACAAAAUAUUAGUUGCAGAGCACUUUUUUAAUACUUUGCAUCUCCCAUUUAAAGGAUCCCUGCUCCCCACCCAUGCAGUCCCAAUUAAUUCUAACACAUUAGGGACUUUUAGAGCAGUUUUUUAAUAUAGAUCAAAGGGCCAUUUGCAAAAUCUGUUUCUCCUCCCUCCCUUUUUUAUUUAGGAAAUAAUCUUUUUUUUAGCCUUUUCUGGAGAGAUAUUUAGAGGGAGGAUGAAGAGAGUUUGCAAGUGAUUUCCAAGCUAGGGCUUUGGGGGAAGAGAAAAGAUAGAAAUAAAUUUUCGAUUCAUUUCCUUCUUUCAUACUAUAGUAUUUAGUAUUUUUAUUUGUAUCACAACCGUUACAGGUGUGCAAAAGUCUUUGAAGCAACUCUUUUGCAAUGCACAAAAAAGCAAGACAUCUUUCUUUGAAUUGCUAAGGCAGCUGUAUCUUUUGCAAUGCUCACUCCAAGAAUGGCUUUCAAAGCUGCUGGAUAAAUCUUACAAAAGAUUAAUUUGCUUUAACAAUUGGAAGAGCGAUUCUUUCUUCAUGCUGUGUGCUUUCUGAAACACUUCUUUCACAGGCUUUUUGCAGCCAUAAUAAUCUUACCCGUGCCGGUCAGUAGUCCCUGCUUAUGAGCCUCAAUUAUUCAGCAUUCUUGUGGUCUCCAGUAUUGUGAAAGUUUCUUGACUUGUCUCUUGGAAAACCAGAAGUUCCUUUUUUGAAAGUCAUUUUGUAUACUUCUUUAAUUCUGUCCAAGGAAUAAAAACACAAAACACA